AUGGAGGACGAAUUAAUUGCGCAGCGCGAUGCGGCCGUUGCUGUGACCAAGGAGCUUCAACGUCAGCUGCAGAAUCGCUGUGCGGAGAUGGAACGAACAUUCGAACGUCGUACGCUGAAUGCAGAACGAUUGCGUCUACACGCUGAAGAAAAACUUCGCCGUUCAUUAGAGGACCGUGACUGGAGCGAAAGCUGUUGCCGCCAGUUGUUAGUGCUGACCCUGUUUUUUGGCUGCGGUGGCGCCGUUGCAGGAUGGUCCACCGGAUUGCUAGUGCUAGUAGUGGCUGGCGAGCCAUUUGUAGGUUUCCUAAUGGUGCUGCCUGCUAUGGCUCUCGGCAUGCUGAUGGGGAUGGCGGUUGCUAAGACAAAGAUCCAUCUGGAGACAAAUCGCCGGUAUACCAGGAACAAAGACACAUGCAGACAUUUCGAGGUAGAGACAGCCAUCAAUAGCGGUUUAGGAGAGAAAGAAGUGCCUCUGGCGCCACUGGGGAGCGUUUUGGGCAUGGAGGACGUUGCAAGUGAAAACUUUCGGUCGUGGGAGCAAGACAGUCACGGAACGGAAGCUAAAGAGAUAGAUGUGGCAGCAGGUCCCACAUCUUUUCUACACUUUGGCUGGAGAGCGGCGUGGUUUACGCUACAUGCCACUAAGGAUAUUGCGGUGGGGAUGUAUCAUGGAGGAGACUACAUACGCAGCAUAUUCGAAGAUCUGGAAGCAGAUUGUGGCCGUUGCUUUAAUUGCUCUGAAUGUUUAAGGAAAUGCCGUUUUUCCACUGAUGUCGGAAAACUUAUGAUUCAUGUGUGCGCCGGCAGGGCUAGUGAAUAUGUACCAUCUGCAAUCGUAGUAACGAAUCGUGAGUCCGCAAUUAUGUCAUCGGACUGGUCUAGAUCGGGCAUGUAUAUCAGUAACUUGUGGAGUGAUAAGCUUCGACAGUGGCACGCUACUUGCACUGACCUAUCAUGA